GUGUUGGGGUCACCGUUGAGAACGCGAAGAGCAAGCGACCAGUCGGUGGAGCUAGAAUAAAUUUCCAAGAAAACAGAGCCCGUAAUAUACUAAACGCGUUGCAGAAUAUAGCGCAGAGAAGGAAAUAUUCUGUGGCUUUUUCAUUAGCGAAAACGUCCUCAGUGCUCUGACAAGAAUGUUCUCGUUCCUCAAUUCGUGGUUUUCAAUGGAUUUUGAGGGCCAAAGACGGGCCGAAAAGAUCUUCCAGUUGAUCAUCGCGCUCUCAGCUGUUAUUGGAUUUUUCGUGGGAUUUGUCUUUCAAUUGUUUUCCUAUUCAAUCUUUACUCUGGUUGGAGGCUGUAUCUUGUCAUGUAUGAUCUGCCUGUUCAACUGGCCGUGGUUCCAGCUAAAACCGCUUAACUGGCAAAAGCCCCUUGAGCCAUCGUCACCGGGAGACACGAAAAAAACGAAAUAGAGGCGAUGUCAUACGUGUGCAGUAAGAGUGGCCGGCCCAAACGAGUGAUUCUCUAUUUGUGUUCGAAAAUGGAAAUUAGCUGUAGCAACUUUUUAAUAAAGUCGAACGAUGUUUGAUUUGUCUUCUUGGGAUCAUGUAUAACGCCAGUUGCAACCCAGACAAACUGCAAAUGUAAUAUUUUUUAAUUUUAACUCUCCGCCCUAGUAUCGAUACUAAUGUGAAUAUACCGACUUUUGUAAUAUAUAAAUAAAUAUAUAAAUGCAUAUGAG